AUGGCUUUCGAGACCGUGACCUCCAUCCCCAAGGAUGCCGAGUAUGACUUCGUCAUUGUCGGAGGAGGCACAGCGGGCUGUGUCAUCGCCUCGCGACUCACCGAAUAUCUCCCCAACAAGAAGGUCCUCUUGAUUGAGGCCGGCCCAAGCGACUUCAUGGACGACCGUGUGCUGCUGCUCAAGGACUGGCUCAACCUUCUCGGAGGAGAGCUCGACUACGACUACGGCACCACCGAACAGCCCAACGGCAACUCUCACAUCCGACACUCACGUGCAAAGGUCCUCGGUGGCUGCUCAUCACACAACACCCUCAUCUCUUUCAGGCCGUUUGAGUACGACUGCAAACGAUGGGAAGCCCAAGGCUGCAAGGGCUGGAGCUUCAAGACCUUCAUGCGCGUACUUGACAACCUGCGCAACACCGUCCAGCCUGUCCACGAGAAACACCGCAACCAGCUCUGCCUCGACUGGAUCGACUCGUGCUCAACCGCCAUGGACAUCCCCGUGAUCCACGACUUCAACCACGAAAUCAAGACCAAGGGCGCCCUCAAGCCUUCCGUUGGUUUCUUCUCCGUAUCAUACAACCCCGACGAUGGCCGCCGGAGCAGCGCUAGUGUCGCCUACAUCCACCCCAUCCUCCGCGGCGAAGAGAAGCGCGACAACCUGACUGUUCUCACCAACGCUUGGGUCAGCAAGGUCAACGUCAAGGGCGACAAGGUCACCGGCAUCGACCUCACGCUCCAAAGCGGCGAGAAGUUCACCCUUAACCCCAAAUGCGAGACCAUCCUCUGCGCGGGUGCCGUCGACACCCCGCGAUUGAUGCUCCUCUCUGGUCUUGGUCCCAAGCAACAACUCUCCGACCUCGGCAUCCCUGUCGUAAAAGACAUCCCCGGUGUUGGCGAGAACCUGCUGGACCACCCCGAGAGCAUAAUCCUUUGGGAGCUUAACAAGCCCGUACCCGCAAACCAGACCACCAUGGACUCUGACGCCGGUAUCUUCCUGCGCCGCGAGAUCCCCAAUGCGGCAGGCGGCGACGGCGAUAUUGCCGACAUCAUGGCUCACUGCUACCAAAUCCCGUUCUGCCUGAACACUGCUCGCAUGGGUUACGACUCCCCCAUCGACGCAUUCUGCAUGACGCCCAACAUCCCCCGUCCCCGCUCCCGCGGCCGCAUCUACCUCACCUCCGCCGACCCCACCGUCAAGCCCGCGCUCGACUUCCGCUACUUCACCGACCCCGAGGGCUACGACGCAGCCACCAUUGUCGCCGGUCUCAAGGCUGCCCGCGAGAUCGCCAAGCAAGCCCCCUUCUCUAACUGGAUCAAGCGCGAAGUCGCGCCUGGCCCGAAGGUCGUCACCGACGAAGAGCUCUCCGAGUACGGUCGCCGCGUCGCACACACCGUAUACCACCCCGCUGGCACAACCAAGAUGGGUGACGUAACAAAGGACGAGAUGGCCGUUGUGGACCCCGAGUUGAAGAUUCGCGGGCUCAAGAGCGUCAGGAUUGCGGACGCGGGAUGUUUCCCCGAGAUGCCCACCAUCAACCCCAUGUUGACUGUGCUGGGUAUCGGUGAGCGUGCUGCUGAGCUGAUCGCACAAGAGUGGGGCUGGAAGGGUCUCCAGAAGGAGAGGUUGUAG